ACUCCACUGUUGAUCCUCAUCACAAACUCGUCUGAAGAGGUUUUAGAGUCUCUCGUCCAACACAAAACUGAACACAGCGACACGACAAACCUGAUAGAGCUCUGAAGGGGGAAGGACUUAGAGCGGAGAGCAAAGGGAGGAGAGACUCAGAAACUUAUAAAACCUGUAAAUCUGUUGUUUUGGGCGAAUAAAACAUUUUCAACACAAUAAAAGGAACAUGGAGAUUUAAAUAUGUGACGUGUGACAGUUUAUAGAACUUUUUCACAUCGUCUGAAGCGUCGCUGAAGGUUUGUGGAACUUCAGGUUCAUGUUUUUAUGUGUAAAUGUGUCAGUGUGUGUGUGUGUGUGUGUGUGUGUGUGUGUGUGUGUGUGUGUGUGUGUAUGUGUGUGUGUGUGUAUGUGUGUGUGUGUCAGAUGCCCUCCCACUACAUAGAGAUGAAGACAGAGGAAGAGAAGAGGGAUAAAGAGGAGAUGGAGACAAGGAGAGAACUAAAAAGUGACAAGUCCUGAUGUGACUAAACCAGGACUAAACCAGGACUAAACCAGGACUGAACCAGAACUGAACCAGGACUAAACCAGGACUGAACCAGAACUGAACCAGGACUAAUGUAAAACAGGACACGGCAGAGGCUUAUGUCCCGAAUCCCUGGUGUAAUUAUGACAAAAAUAGAACAUAGGCGCCUCAAAAACUUCACAUUUCAUUUUAAUUAUUAUCACUGUGUUUUACUCACAGUCUGUUUGUCUUUCAAUGAUAAAUGACUCACAUCUAAAUCCAAAAUACAAACUGAAAAUGCUGAAAUCCGGAGUCCUUUUCCUCUUUAGACGUCCACAGAUUGUAAAGAAAUCGCUCGGCUCCAGUCAAAUGAAGCUCAUCAACGCCUGCGGUUACAGGGGAGAAUUCAGAGCAGCAUUUUAGGAAUCAAUUUACAGACAAAACAGCAAAAUGAAAAACCCGGGAUCACGUAGAGCGGAUUAAUACGAACAUUUUAAGAGCAGAACGAUGAGGCUCGCAGCAGCAGUUACGGCCGACACACACUACAGGAUUUGGAACCAUUUUUAAACGUGCGACAGAAAGCGAACGCCACAGACACGAGGAGAAUCUUACGAGACUUUAAAUCCCCGAUCGCAAAGACUGAAGCGGGAUCUGUGUGCAGACCUUUGUGUCACCUGUUUCCUGUCUACAGUAAAACCACUCACUUUGAGACUCUUCAGUGUUCAAAGAUCAGACUGUGCACUUCUAGUUCACAUACAAAACAAAACUGGGUUAUUAUUAUUAUGUGUGAAUUCAAUUUGUAUUUCUUUGUGUCAAACACCAGGACUUUUCUGAAAAUGAACAGGUCAGACUUUACCCGCCCCUUUACCUGAGCACUGAGGCCCCGCCCCUUUACCUGAGCAGUGAGGCCCCGCCCCUUUACCUGAGCAGUGAGGCCCCGCCCCUUUACCUGAGUAUUUUCUGAGUAACUUUCCUUGAAUCAGCAAAAACAAUGAAGUUGUGCAAAUGUGUUGGGGACGUUUCAGCCGCUGCUUUCACAAACGCUCUGAUGUCGGGCGGUUGUCCUGUCUCCUCCCUCUCACCAGGAGGUUGUGGGUUAGACUCCUGAUCUCUCUGAUCUAAGCCCCUCCCCUUCUGUCCCAGGUGAGAUCGACUAGUUUUGUUAAUUAUAAAAAAACAACAUUAAACAUGUGAAAGCUUCCACAAGAGCAGACCACCUCUCUGUUGCCAUGGUUUCCAUCUAAUAUUAAUACAGAUGGAAAAGUACAUCGUAAUCACCGGGAAAAUGAUUUAGCUCCUCCCCUCUGGGACGAUGACAUCGUCACAUUCUAGAAUCUCAAAUAGUUUUGGAGCCUGAGAAGCUGUCGCCGUAGCAACGUGAUGUUCUAAUGCCGCCCUGGAUCUCCAUGGUGAUAGAACUCUGCUUGAUGACAUCAUCAGAGAAGCACGACGCUGCUUUAAAGUAAACUUUGAGUGACACAGUGAAAUAAACACUAAAGUGACAGAAUACUUUUACUAAUACUUUUACUACUGCUACUUCAAAGCAGCGCUCUGCUUUAUGACAUCAUCAGUAAAGGACAAGCACAAAGCACAAAGCAACUUACUGUUUUGAAGAAGAUUAUAAGUAUAACACGAAACAAACACUACAGACACAGAAUACUGCCACUUCUACUGCGUGUACUACGACUACUGCGUCUACUACGACUACUGCGUCUACUACAAUUACUGCGUGUACUGCUACUAGAGCUACUACUGCUCGUUUUCACUAGAGCUUUUCUCUCUCUUUACUGCAUAUUUAAACAGAAAAAUGCCCUGGUGUUUUUUUAGAAAAUCCCGACCUAAGGUCAAGCGCCAAAUCUUAGAGGCUGAGAUCCAGGAACUGCACAAGAGGAUCCGAAACUUAGAAAAUCAGAACCAGCAACUAAACGAGACGAUCCAAAUCCUAAACAAUCAGAACAAGCGACAAAACGAGAGGAACCGAAACUUAGAAAAUAAGAACCAGCAACAGCAUGAGACGAUCCAAAACUUAGAAAAUCAGAACCAGCAACAAAACGACACGAUCCAGAAUUCAGAAAAUCAGAACAAGCAACAAAACGAGACGAUCCAAAACUUAGAAAAUCAGAACCAGAAACAAAACGAGACGAUCCAAAACUUAGAAAAUCAGAACCAGCAACAAAACGAGACGAUCCAAAAUUUAGAAAAUCAGAACAAGCAACAAAACGAGAUGAUCCAAAACUUAGAAAAUCAGAACCAGAAACAAAACGAGACGAUCCAAAACUUAGAAAAUCAGAACCAGCAACAAAACGAGACGAUCCAAAAUUUAGAAAAUCAGAACAAGCAACAAAACGAGACGAUCCAAAACUUAGAAAAUCAGAACCAGAAACAAAACGAGACGAUCCAAAACUCAGAUUGUGUCCAGGAACUGAUCAAGAGGUUCCAAAACUUAGAAAAUCAGAACAAGCAACAAAACGAGACGAUCCAAAACUUAGAAAAUCAGAACCAGAAACAAAACGAGACGAUCCAAAACUCAGAUUGUGUCCAGGAACUGAUCAAGAGGUUCCAAAACUUAGAAAAUCAGAACAAGCAACAAAACGAGACGAUCCAAAACUUAGAAAAUCAGAACCAGAAACAAAACGAGACGAUCCAAAACUCAGAUUGUGUCCAGGAACUGAUCAAGAGGUUCCAAAACUUAGAAAAUCAGAACAAGCAACAAAACGAGACGAUCCAAAAUUUAGAAAAUCAGAACAAGCAACAAAACGAGACGAUCCAAAACUUAGAAAAUCAGAACCAGAAACAAAACGAGACGAUCCAAAACUCAGAUUGUGUCCAGGAACUGAUCAAGAGGUUCCAAAACUUAGAAAAUCAGAACAAGCAACAAAACGAGACGAUCCAAAACUUAGAAAAUCAGAACCAGAAACAAAACGAGACGAUCCAAAACUCAGAUUGUGUCCAGGAACUGAUCAAGAGGUUCCAAAAUUCAGAAAAUCAGAACCAGCAACAAAACGAGACGAUCCAAAAUUGAAAUCGUGUCCAGGAACUGAUCAAGAGUUUCCAAAACUUAAAUAAUCAGAACAAAGAUCUGUGCGAAAGGAUCGAAAAGUCCUCGGUUAAGAACCAGAAGCUACAGAUCAGGUUUAGAUCGGGUUUUCAGACCUGGUUUAAACCUGGUUUAGACCUUGUUUAGUCCUGGUUUAGACCUGCCGGUAUUACGACAUCCGUCCGGUAUUAUGACAUGUCUCUAUUUACUCUAUUUUUGUUUAGCACUCAUGCCUCACAGCAAGAAGGUUGUGGGUUGGAUCCCCGGGUGACCCGGGUUUUUCUGUGUGGAGUUUGUGUUUCUCUUCGUGUCUGGAUGAGUUUCCUCCGGUUUCCUCCAUCAACACAAAACCUGCUCCAGGUCCAUGAACAGAUGAGAGUCAAGGACACUUAAACACAAUCAAUUCAAUCAUUGUGUCCUUCGGCAAGACACUUCACACACAUUGCCUCGUAUGAAAGCGGUGUGUGUGUGAGUGAUGGUGGUGUUCGGAGGGACCGAUGGCGCCGAUUGACAUGGCAGCCGUGCUUCUGUCAGUCUGCCCCAGGGCAGCUGUGGCUACAACAGUAGUUUACAUCAGCAGGUGCAGAGUGAAUGAAUAAUGCUGAAUAAUGUUCUGUAAAAUAUCUUUGUGACAAAAAGCGCCGUCUCUAUUCAGACGCGCCGCUAUUACAACAUGUUUUAUAUUUGUGACUACAAAAUAAAUCAACUAUUCUAAAUAUUUUAAAAUAUAUCAACAUUUCAUCAUUUCUAAAUGUAGUUAUUGAAAAAAACUAAAUCACACACAAAGUCGGACUCUCCUGAAACUCUGAGAGAAUCAAAACAACAAAAACGUAGAGCUGUAUGAUAAUAAUUUAGUAAAACAAACCAAAAACUACUCUGGGUGAUAUAUCGAUAUAGCAGCCCACGAUAUCGAUACUGUAUCAUCACAUUAAACCAUACGAUAUAUCGAUAUUUUUGCACACCCCUAACGAACUGAUGCUGAGUCUGAGGACAACGACGCAGAAGAGUUUGUGUGGCUCCGUUUCCCUCCGGAGGUCGAGGUCGAGUUGUUCAGAAGUGACACGAGGAUGAAGACCUGAAGUGAUUUAGUGAUUUGGAGGGAAACGGAGAGUUUGUUCAACUUGUUCUGUUGUUUACAGUUUAUCUGAAGAACUGUCAAAUAUGUGACGUUAGGGUUAGGGGUGUGUGUGUGUGUGUGUGUGUGUGUGUGUGUAAAUGUGUGUGUGUGUAAAUGUGUAAAUGUGUGUUACACAGAAAACCAUGAACCUGAAGUCACAUUUACGUACAUUGCGACACUUCCAGUUGUGGUGAAAAAGGUCAGAGAAAUACCAACUGUAUCAACUCUUUAAUUUGAACCUUAGUUAACUGUUACUUCAACUUCAACUGUGUGACAGGUGUCAGGUGUGUGACAGGUGCUCAGGUGUGUGACAGGUGCUCAGGUGUGUGUUUUUGCAGGUGC